CCUCGCGUCGGUAGAGCGUGCGUCGGAGCGGCGUCCGUUCACCCCCGCCAGUCGAGCCCUCUUCCGCUGGCCAGCCGGUCGGUCACGUGACCGACGACGGGUUGACGGACGGGCAGACCGGCUGGAUCACGUGACCGGCGUCCAGGAGGGCGCUCGAGCACCGUGACGCUCGGCGGCGCUGGGCAGGUGCGCGGCGCGACGCAGUCAGUCGGCCGCUGCGGACCGACGCGCAGGGUGGUGAGCACCGGACGGUUGUCGGGGAGGAGCACGGAGCACCAGCACAGGGUACGCCGACGGAUCAGCUCGCCGCACCGGACGGGCGAUGGUCAGCGCGCAGCCGCUGCUGAGCUGAGCCAACUGCUGGGAACGGAGAUCUGCGCGCCGCGAUGCUGUCGUGGCUGGCAGGGCGUCGCUCGCCGUCGGGCGUGCACCUUCUGACCGAUGACCCACUGGCGGUCAUCGCAGGGCCUGUCGACAAACAGCAGACCGUCUACGCCGUCUCAAGGACGAACCCCAUGUUCGAGGAGGGCUGGCCGGGCGGCGUGCGGCCGGUGGAGGACGAGAGGACCGGCUGGCAGCGGUCGGCGGCCGACGGCAGCACCUACUGGCACGAGCCGCCGCCGGACAGCUCGCUGCAGCUGGAGGCGGCCGCGGACGACACCGGCGGCCCGCCCGACUCGCUCGAGCCGCCGCCGCCCGCCUCGCUGAGACGGUUCACCGAGCACGGAGAGCUGCCGGAGGUGCACAGGGGCCCGCGGGUCCACCGCGGCCCGCUGCGGCCCGGCGCGCCCGCCGGCCGGCCGGCCACCCUGCCGCGGCCCGUGUGGCCAUCGGCGGUGGGCGACGCGCCGGUCCCGGAGCCCCCACGGCGCCUCUCCGUCACCGGGUACAUGACUGUGGCUGAUCACGUUGGACCCACCUGGCCGGGCCGCCGGGCGCCGCCGCCGGGAGCUGUCGGCAGGUUCCCGCUGGACCGGCGGGCCACCUUUCCGCCGGCCCGGGCCGGGCUGGCCGGACGGUUGCCGUCCAUUCCGGACGAGGAGGCUGAGCAGCCGGCGGACGGUCAGCCGGACUCGAUCGUCACCGAGUCGCUACUGCGGCUCACCACCCCGCGCACCACGCCGGCCGGCUCGGUCCGAGAUGGCACCAGCGACAGCCGCUCGCCAGCCGGCUCCACGAGGGCAGAGAGCUUCCACUGGGAGGGCUCCCCGGCCGGUGGGGCGGUCGAUGCUGCCGUGAUGCUGCCGCCCCCGCCGCCGCCGCUGCCACCGCUGGCGCCCCCGCCGGGCAGCUUCAACUGGGACCGGACGCUGGAGCCGCUGCUGCAGGUGCUGUGGUCGGGAGAGGAGUCGCCGCCGGUCCUGCGCCGCUUCCAGGAGGUGCCCGGCUCGGCCGGAGGUCCGGGAGGCCUGGAGGCCGCGCUGCCGUGGCGGAACUCGGCGGCCGGCGAGGGCCCGUUCCCGGCGCCACCGUCGCGAGCCAGCUCCGAGCUGUCGCAGCUGUACGCCGAGCUGGCGGCGCCGCGGCCCUUCUCUCGGGCGCUCUCCGAGGAGCUGUACGCGUGGCCGGUGUCUCCGCCGGUGGCCGUGGCGCCGCCGCCGCUACUGCUGCCCUCAGACACGUCGGCGGCGGGCGGCCGGCUCGGCUCGGACGCCUCCUCUCAGCCGAGCCGCUCGGUGCGGCGCACACCCUCCGACGCGUGCUCGGACGACUCGCGGGACAGCCGGCUGAGCGCCGGCAGCCGCGGCCGCCUGCUGCCCUCGGACAGCUCCGAGGGCGGCAGCGAGCGGCGCGUCACCUUCUCGGCCGACACCGUGGACAACGAGCCGGGCCCGGCGCGGCCGCGGCCCCGGCGCCACGCCGACCGGCCGCCCGCCCGCCGCCCAGUCGGCAGGGGCCGCAACAAGGGCUUCUACGCGUCCAACAUGCUCAGCAGGCUCACCGGACUGAGCCACAGCGCUGGCGGCAAAAAGGAACUGCAGCUGCGGGGCGUCUCGGUGGAGCUCGGAAGGAAGGCGGAGCUGCGCUCGCGGCACCUGUGCACGGCCGUCACCGCCGUGCUGGUGCUGGUCCUGCUGGCCGCCGCCGGCGUGCUCACCGUCUGGCUGUGGACCACCGAGCGGCGACUGUUCCGGGUCUGACCGGACCAACGAACUAACGAGCGGCGGCUGUUCCGGGUCUGACCGGACCAACGGACCACACAGCGGCGCCUGUCCGGACCAAAGGACCACCGAGCGGCGACUGUUCCGGGUCUGACCGGACCAACGCAGCGGCACCUGUUCCAGACCAAAGGACCACCGAGCGGCGACUGUUCCGGGUCUGACCGGACCAACGCAGCGGCACCUGUUCCGGACCAAAGGACCACCGAGCGGCGACUGUUCCGGGUCUGACCGGACCAACGCAGCGGCACCUGUUCCGGACCAAAGGACCACAGAGCGGCGACUGUUCCGGGUCUGAUCGGACCAACGGACCACACAGCGGCAACUGUUCGGACCAUUGGUGUAUGGGCCACCGAGCGGCGCCUUUUCCGGGUUUGAUUACACCAACGGACCACCGGGCGGAGUCCGUCCCGGAACAACGGACCACAGAGUUCCGGGUCUGACCGGACCAAAGGGACCAAUGGACCACCGAACAGUGCCUGUUGACUGUUCCGGGUCUGACCGGACCAAUGGACCACAGAGCGGUGUCUGCUCCGUACCAACGGACCUUCGAGCAGUGCCUAUUUCGGGUCUGGCAGGACCAACAGAUCAUCACGCGUCGUUUCCGGACCAAGAGACCGCCGAGCGGUGCCUGUUCCGGGUCUGACCGGACGAAAGGAAGGACGAACAGCGGACAAUCUAGAGUGUCUGAACCAGUGACAUCAUCUGGAUUCAGCGUAUUGGGUCAGGUUUACCGUGUGCUUUGUGCAGUGCCGCUAUUUGGCGAGGAAAGUGAUAGGGGAGGAUGAGAUCUGCCUUCGAUGUGGCGGUGCUUAUCAUAAUGUGGCAUUAAGACACAAAAGAUCAUAUCAAUUUAGUCUGUAAUUAUGAGAAUUUGUUAGGGUGUGUGCUUUAAGUUCAUUGAACAGAGGAUGAUUGGCGGUGACACCGUGAGCGGACAGGUGAGCGGGAUUGUUGAACAUUUGUUUGUGAAGCUAUGAAGACAGCUAAGCCUGUGAGACAUUCGAGAGGCUGGAUUUUACAUGGCUAUCAUGCCACAAAAGCUCCAGCGGAUGACAGUGCUCUUUUUACCGUGAGUGUAUGUGACGUGUUCUCAGAUGCAUGUGACCUUAUGUUAGGGCAUUGUACCCAGUCGAUGAUGUGAACUAAGGCAUUCAGCCGACGCACAACGUUUGUUAUUUAGACAUUCCAUGUUCAUUAUUAUAUACCGACCCAAUUGAGACGCUCAAAAGUCAGCACCGGACGUGAUUCGGCUAUGCGGAGGCGCGAAUCUGACUGCGAGUUACACCAAAGUAUUGUCUUCCCGCAACAGCUCGUGGCGUUGCAAUUAAAAGCUAGACUCAUUUUUGCUGUUUAACAUUGUCUUCCCACAAAAGUGAUGCAAUUUAAUGCUGGAAGUGGACUUUUGUUUGUUUGGACUUUCAACUUUUCUG